AUGAAGCAAUAUUUUUUGUAUUCAUUUAUUGUAUUUAAUAUCAUAUUAACCUUAGUUCAUUGUCAAAAAGCUAAUGAACUUUAUCAUCAAUUAAUGUCAACUUAUAAUAAAAAUGUUCGUCCAGUAAGAAAUAAUUCAGAUCUUGUUAACGUCAAAAUUGGUCUUAAACUUAUACAAAUAGCUGAUGUUGAAUGGCAAGAUUUUAGUUUUAUAUGGUCACCGGAAGACUUUGACGGUGUAGAAUAUAUACAAGUUCCUAGUGAAUUAAUAUGGAAACCUGAUCUUGUUCUUUAUAAUAAUGCUGAUGGUGAUUAUCAAAUUACAACAAGAUCGAAAGCACAAGUUCGAUAUGAUGGAGUUGUACAAUGGAAUCCUCCAAUGGUUUUUAAAUCUUAUUGUUUUAUUAAUAUUCAAUAUUAUCCAUUUGACACACAAAAUUGUACACUUAAAUUUGGUACAUGGUCAUAUCAUGGUUCACUUGUUAAUUUACAAUUUUUAACUAAUAAUGAAUCUUCUAUUCUUGAACGUGGAUGGGAUCUUGAAGAUUAUACUCCAUCUAUUGAAUGGGAAAUUUUAAAUCUUCGAGCUAUUCGACAUGAAAAAUUAUAUGCAUGUUGUGUUGAAAUUUUUCUUGAUUUAACAUUUACAUGUACUGUCCGACGGAAACCGUUAUUUUACAUAGUUAAUUUAAUAGUACCAUGCGUUAAUAUAUCUGUUCUUGCUGUACUUGUGUUUCUUUUACCAUCGGAUAGCAAAAAGAAAAUAACAUUAUCUAUUUCUAUUCUUGUUGCUUUACUUGUAUUUUAUUUACUACUUAUUGAACUUAUUCCACCAACAUCAUUAGUUAUCCCAUUACUUGGUAAAUAUUUAUUAUUUACAAUUGUUAUUGUUAAUUUAUCGAUUAUAAUAACAAUCAUAACACUUAAUGUACAUUUUCGCCGCCAUUCAACAGCAAAUAUGUCACCAUUAAUUAGAAAACUUCUUUUAGUUUAUUUACCGAAAAUUUUAUUUAUGGAGCGACCACCUAUACCACCUAGAUAUGUAUAUGUUAAAUCCAAAUCCUCUGAAGAUAUUGAUAAUCAAUCAACAACAUUUCCAUGGAAAAAUGAUCAACGAAGACAUAUUGCUAGAAUAACAGCUGAUCAUAUUGCUUAUAUUGCAGAACAAAUUGAAAAUGCUCAAAAUGAAAAAGAAAUCGUCGAAGAAUGGCGUUUUAUUGCUUUAAUUUUUGAUCGUCUUUUUCUUGUAAUUUUUGUAUCUGUUAGUUUAAUUGGUACACUUGCAUCAUUAUUAAAAGCUCCGUCAUUAUAUAAGUCCAGAGCACCUAUCGAUCCAAUGUGUUAUUUAUAUUAUCCACCAAUAAAUGAUUCUCAAUGGAUGAAAAGAUGUGGUGCAGAUUAUUUCCAAAGUUUAUCAAAUGAACAAUUACUUUCAAACUUUCAAUUAUAA